AUGGUGUGUUUUCCCCAGAAAAUGGACACCGCAGGGGCCAAAGUGCUGGAGACAGCAGAAGACAUCCAGGAGCGCCGGCAGCAGGUGCUGGACCGCUACCGGCGUUUCAAGGACCUGUCGAUUAUGCGCCGGCAGAAGCUGGAGGACUCUUACCGCUUUCAGUUCUUCCGCCGUGACGCAGAUGAGUUGGAGAAGUGGAUCCAGGAGAAGCUGCAGAUCGCCUCUGAUGAGAACUACAAGGACCCCUCCAACCUGCAGGGUAAGCUGCAGAAACAUCAGGCCUUUGAAGCUGAAGUUCAGGCCAACUCUGGGGCCAUUGUCAAACUGGACGACACAGGAAACCUCAUGAUCACCGAGGGCCACUUCGCCUCUGAGACCAUCCGAACUCGUCUGGAGGAGCUGCAUCGCCUGUGGGACCUCUUGCUGCAGAGGACCAAGGAGAAGGGCAUGCGUCUGCUGCAGGCCCAGAAACUGGUUCAGUACCUGCGUGAGUGUGAAGAUGCUCUGGACUGGAUCAGUGAUAAGGAGGCCAUGGCCACCUCAGAGGAGCUGGGUCAGGACCUGGAGCAUGUGGAGCUUCUGCAGAAGAAGUUUGAGGAGUUCCAGACAGACCUGGCAGCCCAUGAGGAGCGCGUCAAUGAGGUGAACCAGCUUGCAGCCAAGCUGAUACAAGAAACCCACCCUGAGGCUGAGCUGAUAGUUCGCAAGCAGGACGAGGUCAAUGCUGCUUGGCAGCGCCUGAAGGGUCUGGCCCAGGCGAGGCAGGGCAAGCUGUUUGGAGCUGCUGAGGUGCAGCGCUUCAACAGGGAUGUGGAUGAGACCAUCAGUUGGAUCAAGGAGAAGGAGCAGCUGAUGGCCUCAGAUGACUUUGGCCGUGACCUGGCCAGUGUGCAGGCUCUCCUGCGCAAACACGAGGGUCUGGAGAGAGACCUGGCUGCCCUGGAAGAUAAGGUUAACACACUGGGCGGUGAUGCAGAGCGUCUACAGCAAACACAUCCCCAAAACGCCUCCCAGAUCCACCUGAAGAAGGAUGAACUCAUCACCAACUGGGAGCAGAUUCGCACUCUGGCUGCUGAGCGUCACGCUCGCCUGAACGACUCCUACCGGCUGCAGCGUUUCACUGCAGACUUCAGGGAUCUAACCAGCUGGGUGACAGAGAUGAAGGCCCUGAUCAACGCUGAUGAACUGGCCAAUGACGUAGCUGGAGCUGAGGCUCUGCUAGACCGCCACCAGGAGCAUAAGGGAGAGAUUGAUGCUCAUGAGGACAGCUUCAGAGCCACUGAUGAAGCUGGCCAGGCUCUGCUCAAUACAGGACACUACGCCUCUGACGAGGUCAAGGAAAAGCUGGGCAUCCUUUCUGAGGAGAAGGAGUCUCUGCUGGAGUUGUGGGAGGUUCGCAGGCAGCAAUAUGAGCAGUGCAUGGACCUGCAGCUCUUCUACAGAGAUACUGAGCAAGUUGACAACUGGAUGAGCAAACAAGAGGCUUUCCUCCUGAAUGAAGAUCUUGGAGACUCCCUGGACAGUGUGGAGGCACUGCUGAAGAAACAUGAGGACUUUGAGAAGUCACUCAGUGCCCAAGAAGAGAAGAUCACUGCCCUUGAUGAGUUUGCUACCAAACUAAUCCAGAACAAUCACUAUGCCAAAGAGGAUGUGGCCACCCGCAGAGAUGCUCUGCUCAGCCGCCGCAACGCCCUGCAUGAGCGCGCUCAGUCUCGUCGUGCUGCCUUGGAGGACUCUUUCCACCUGCAGCAGUUCUUCAGGGACUCAGAUGAGCUCAAGAGCUGGAUCAACGAGAAGAUGAAGACUGCCACUGAUGAGGCUUACAAGGACCCCUCCAACCUGCAGGGCAAGGUGCAGAAACACCAGGCCUUCGAAGCGGAGCUGUCGGCUAACCAGAGCCGCAUCGAUGCCCUGCAGAAGUCAGGCCAGGAGCUGCUGGAUGGGAAGCACUAUGCCUCCGAUGAGGUGGCUGGUCGCAUGGAGGAGGUCAGCUCUCAGUGGAAGAAACUGCUGGAGGCCACUGAUCUCAAAGGCAUCAAGCUCCGUGAGGCCAACCAGCAGCAGCAGUUCAACAGGAACGUAGAGGACAUUGAGCUGUGGCUGUAUGAGGUUGAGGGUCACCUGGCUUCAGACGACUAUGGAAAAGACCUGACCAGUGUCCAGAACCUGCAGAAGAAACAUGCCCUGCUGGAGGCUGACGUGGCUGCUCACCAGGACCGAAUUGAUGGCAUAACAAUCCAGGCUCGCCAGUUCCAAGAGGCUGGACACUUUGAUGCAGACAACAUCCGCAAGAAACAGGAGGCUUUGGUGGUUCGUUACGAAGGUCUGCGCGAGCCCAUGGCUGCACGCAAGCAGAAACUGUCCGACUCUCUUCGGCUCCAGCAGCUGUUCAGAGACGUAGAGGAUGAGGAGACUUGGAUCCGUGAGAAAGAGCCCAUCGCUGCCUCUACUAACAGAGGCAAAGAUCUGAUUGGUGUCCAGAACCUACUGAAGAAGCACCAGGCCCUGCAGGCUGAGAUCACCGGUCAUGAGCCUCGCAUUAAAGCCGUCACCCAGAAAGGAGAGGCCAUGGUGGAGGAAGGGCACUUUGCUGGUGAGGAUGUGAAAUCUAAGCUGGCUGAACUACAUGGACGCUGGGACACGCUGAAGGCCAAGGCCUCCCAGAGGAGACAAGACCUGGAGGACUCUCUACAGGCCCAGCAGUACUUUGCCGAUGCCAACGAGGCUGAGUCUUGGAUGAGGGAGAAGGAGCCCAUUGUUGGAAGCACAGACUACGGCAAAGACGAGGACUCUGCUGAGGCUCUGCUGAAGAAGCACGAAGCCCUGAUGUCUGACCUGAGUGCGUACGGCAGCAGCAUCCAGGCCUUGAAGGAACAGGCCCAGUCCUGCAGGCAACAAGUGGCACCAACUGAUGAUGAGACCGGAAAGGAGCUGGUCCUUGCUCUGUACGACUACCAGGAGAAGAGCCCCCGUGAAGUUACCAUGAAGAAGGGCGACAUCCUCACCCUGCUCAACAGCACCAACAAGGACUGGUGGAAGGUGGAGGUCAAUGAUCGCCAGGGCUUUGUUCCUGCUGCUUACGUGAAGAAACUGGACCCCACCCAGUCCUCUUCCAGGGAAAACCUGCUGGAUGAACACGGCAGCAUCGCACUGCGCCAAGACCAGAUCGACAAUCAAUACGGCACCCUGUUAGAGCUGGGAGAGAAACGCAAGGACAUGCUGGAGAAGAGCUGCAAGAAGUUCAUGUUGUUCAGGGAGGCCAACGAGCUGCAGCAAUGGAUCAAUGAGAAGGAGGGCGCCCUCACUAACGAAGAGAUGGGCUCUGACCUGGAGCAGGUCGAGGUCCUGCAGAAGAAGUUUGACGACUUCCAGAAGGACCUGAAGGCCAACGAGUCUCGUCUGAGGGACAUCAACAAAGUGGCGUCUGAGCUGGAGUCUGAAGGCCUCAUGGCUGAGGAGGCCCCCAUGAUGCAGGCUCAGCAACAAGAGCUGCUUGGCUCUGCUCCUGGCAAGGUUGAUGAAGCUGAUUCCAAGACUGCAUCUCCAUGGAAGAAUAUACGCUUGGCUGUUCAAACAACGGCUAACUUUAAUACUAUCAAGGAGCUGAAUAAUCGCUGGCGGUCCCUGCAGCAGCUGGCUGAAGAAAGGAGCAACAUGCUGGGCAGUGCCCACGAGGUGCAGAGGUUCCACAGGGAUGCUGAUGAAACUAAAGAGUGGAUUGAGGAGAAGAACCAGGCCCUCAACACUGACAACUACGGUCACGACUUGGCCAGUGUCCAAGCUCUGCAGCGCAAACAUGAAGGCUUUGAGAGAGACCUGGCAGCCCUGGGUGACAAGGUGAACUCUCUUGGGGAGACAGCGGAGCGUCUGAUCCAGUCCCACCCUGAAGCGGUGGACGACAUCCAGGAGAAAUGCACUGAGCUGAACACUGCCUGGAGCAGCCUGGUGGGACGUGCCGACCAACGCAAAGACAAGCUUGGCAACUCUCACGACCUGCAGCGCUUCCUCUCUGACUUCAGAGAUCUGAUGUCCUGGAUCAAUGGAAUUCGAGGACUGGUGUCCUCAGAGGAGCUGGCCAAAGAUGUGACCGGAGCCGAGGCCCUUCUGGAAAGACACCAGGAACACCGCACUGAGAUCGACGCUCGUGCUGGUACCUUCCAGGCCUUUGAACAGUUCGGUCAGCAGCUGCUAGCACGAGGCCACUAUGCCAGUCCCGAGAUUCAGCAGAAACUGGAGGCUCUAGACCGUGAGCGUGCCGACCUGGAGAAGGCCUGGGUGCAGCGCCGCAUGAUGUUGGACCAGUGCCUGGAGCUCCAGCUCUUCAACAGGGACUGUGAACAGGCUGAGAACUGGAUGGCAGCUCGUGAAGCCUUCCUGGCCAGUGACGACAAGGGAGACUCCCUGGACAGCGUGGAGGCCCUCAUCAAGAAACACGAAGACUUUGAUAAAGCCAUUAACGUGCAGGAGGAGAAGAUUGCUGCUCUGCAGUCCUUUGCUGACCAGCUGAUUGGAGCUGAUCAUUACGCCAAACCUGAGAUCUUCAAUCGCCGCAACGAAGUGCUCGACAGGUGGCGUCGACUGAAGGCCCAGAUGAUCGAAAAGCGUUCUAAACUGGGUGAAUCCCAGACCCUGCAGCAGUUCAGCCGGGAUGUGGACGAGAUAGAAGCUUGGAUCAGCGAAAAGCUGCAGACUGCAACUGAUGAGUCCUACAAGGACCCGACCAACAUCCAGCUGUCCAAGCUGCUGAGUAAACACCAGAAGCAUCAGGCGUUCGAGGCCGAGCUGCACGCCAACGCAGACCGAAUCCGCGGGGUCAUCGAUACCGGUAACGCCCUGAUCCAGAGAGGAGCCUGUGCUGGCAGCGAGGAUGCAGUCAAGGUGCGCCUCAACGCUCUGGAUGAACAGUGGCAGUUCCUCGUCAACAAAUCUGCAGAAAAGAGCCAGAAACUGAAAGAAGCCAACAAGCAGCAGAACUUCAAUACGGGCAUCAAGGACUUUGACUUCUGGCUCUCUGAGGUGGAAGCCCUUCUCGCCUCUGAGGAUUAUGGUAAAGAUCUGGCAUCAGUCAACAACCUUCUGAAGAAACACCAGCUGCUGGAGGCUGAUAUUUCUGCCCAUGAGGAUCGUCUGAAGGAUCUGAACGGCCAGGCUGACAGCCUGAUGGCCAGCAACGCCUUCGACACCUCGCAGGUGAAGGACAAGCGCGAUGCCGUCAAUGGCCGCUUCACCAAGAUCAAGAGCAUGGCAGCCGGCCGCCGCGCUAAACUCAACGAGUCCCACCGCCUGCAUCAGUUCUUCAGGGACCUGGAUGAUGAAGAGUCUUGGAUCAAAGAAAAGAAAUUGCUUGUGAGUUCGGAAGACUACGGACGUGAUUUGACAGGAGUACAGAAUCUGAGGAAGAAACACAAGAGGCUGGAGGCCGAGCUGGGAGCCCAUGAGCCGGCCAUUCAGUCGGUGCUGGACACUGGGAAGAAGCUGUCUGAUGACAACACCAUCGGUCAGGAGGAGAUCCAGCAGAGGCUUGCCCAGUUUGUCGACCACUGGAAGGAACUCAAAGACUUAUCUGGAGCAAGGGGACAGAGACUGGAGGAGUCGCUGGAGUACCAGCAGUUUGUGGCGAACGUGGAAGAAGAAGAAGCUUGGAUUAAUGAGAAGUUGAAUCUAGUGGGAAGCGAAGACUAUGGAGACACACUGGCUGCUGUGCAGGGCUUGCUGAAAAAGCAUGAAGCAUUCGAGACCGACUUCACCGUGCACAGAGACAGAGUCAACGAUGUGUGCGCUAACGGAGAGGAGCUUAUCAAGAAGAACAACCAUCACGUGGACAACAUCAGUGCCAAGAUGUCGGCUCUGCGAGGUAAAGUGUCUGAGCUGGAGAGGGCAGCAGCUCAGAGGAAGGCCAAGCUGGAUGAAAACUCAGCAUUCCUGCAGUUCAACUGGAAGGCUGACGUGGUGGAGUCCUGGAUCGGUGAGAAAGAGAACAGCCUGAAGACUGAUGACUACGGCAGAGACUUGUCCUCUGUGCAGACCCUGCUCACCAAGCAGGAGACAUUUGAUGCCGGUCUCCAGGCCUUCCAGCAGGAGGGCAUCACCAACAUCACGGCUCUCAAAGACCAGCUGCUGGCUGCCAAGCACGUCCAAUCGAAAGCCAUCGAAGCUCGUCAUGCUGCCUUGAUGAAGCGCUGGAACCAGCUGCUGUCCAACUCAGCCGCUCGCAAGAAGAAGCUUCUGGAGGCUCAAGAGCACUUCAGAAAGGUUGAGGACUUGUUCCUGACAUUCGCCAAGAAGGCGUCGGCUUUCAACAGCUGGUUUGAGAACGCAGAGGAGGAUCUGACGGACCCUGUGAGGUGCAACUCUCUGGAGGAGAUCAGGGCACUGCGCGAAGCCCACGAGGCCUUCCGCUCCUCGCUGAGCUCUGCUCAGGCAGACUUCAACCAGCUAGCCGAACUGGACCAGCAGAUCAAGAGCUACCAGGUGGUGUCUAACCCCUACACCUGGUUCACCAUGGAGGCCCUGGAGGAGACCUGGAGGAACCUGCAGAAGAUCAUCAAGGAGCGAGAGCUGGAGCUGCAGAAGGAGCAGAGGAGGCAGGAGGAAAACGACAAGUUGCGUCAGGAGUUUGCACAGCACGCCAACGCUUUCCACCAGUGGCUGCAGGAGACCAGGACAUAUCUGCUGGAUGGGUCAUGUAUGGUGGAAGAGUCUGGCACACUGGAGUCCCAGUUGGAGGCCACCAAGCGUAAGCACCAGGAGAUCCGGGCCAUGCGCAGCCAGCUGAAGAAGAUUGAAGACUUGGGUGCAGCUAUGGAGGAAGCAUUGAUCUUAGACAACAAGUACACAGAGCACAGUACAGUGGGCCUGGCCCAGCAGUGGGACCAACUGGACCAGCUGGGAAUGAGGAUGCAGCACAACUUAGAGCAACAGAUACAGGCCAGGAACACCACUGGAGUGACAGAGGAGGCUCUGAAGGAGUUCAGCAUGAUGUUCAAGCACUUCGACAAGGAGAAGUCCGGUCGUCUGAACCACCAGGAGUUCAAGUCGUGUCUGCGCUCGCUGGGUUACGACCUGCCCAUGGUGGAAGAAGGCGAACCAGAUCCUGAGUUUGAAUCCAUACUCGACACUGUGGAUCCCAACAGGGAUGGCAACGUGUCGUUGCAGGAGUACAUGGCGUUCAUGAUCAGCCGCGAGACAGAGAACGUCAAGUCCAGCGAGGAGAUAGAGAGCGCCUUCAGAGCUCUCAGCACCGAGAACAAACCCUACGUGACUAAAGAAGAGCUCUAUCAGAACCUGACCAAGGAGCAGGCGGACUACUGCCUCUCACACAUGAAGCCCUACCUCGACAGCAAGGGCCGCGAGCUGCCAUCAGCUUUCGACUUUGUCGAAUUCACCCGCUCGCUCUUCGUCAACUGAUCCCUCGCCCACCAGUGACCAAUCGGGAUGCGUUUUUCCCCACACACACACUUUAACACGAACACACGGCUGAAACUGCAUGACUGUGACACUGGGAAUACUCACUAAUAACAACUAUCUGUACUAUUUAUCUUGCUCUACCCUUAACUCUGUGUGCUUCUCAUGAUAGCAUAGUGGAUCUGUCUGCAUUUGAAUGUGAUUGUUUUAGCUGUUUUAGCUUGUGCUUUCGAUGAAUUUAAGAACCUAAUAGUAACAAUAAUGUUGGAACACCUUAACAACUGCAGUGUGCUUUAAUAAACGCUACUGGUUAGAACUGGAAA